AUGAUUGUAGCCGGAGGAGAAUGUGAUUCAAACGGGACCUGUGCGUAUAUGAGUCCAGAACGUUUGGAUCAACAAGAACGGAGAUUUGGAGAAGUUGGAUUAGCAGGAGAUGUGUGGUCAUUAGGAGUUGUGGUUCUUGAGUGUUAUCUUGGAAGGUAUUCAUUGAUCAAAGAUGGGGAUAAACCGGAUUGGGCAGCUCUGAUUUGCGCGAUUUGUUGCAGUGAGAAAGUAGAGAUUCCGGUGAGUGGUUCGCCCGAGUUUAGAGGGUUUGUUGAGAGAUGUUUGGAGAAAGAUUGGAGGAAGAGAGGCACUGUGGAGGAGUUUCUUCUUCAUCCUUUUGUUAGAAAGAUAGAGAAGUAG